AUGCUAUCCUGGAGGAAACCUUGGCACUGUAUGACAAAGUGGCUCAUUCUAGGAUGUCUCUGUACUGGCUUCCUACUGCUGUUCUACUCCUAUGCAUCCUUGCAAGUCUUCAUGGCCAAGGUCCCAGCCCCAGCCCAUUGUUCCUCUCCACCCACCUUACCUGCCACCAUCCCAAAAGACUCCUGCUGGCCAAAGAUGGACAUCGUGUUCAUGAAGACCCACAAGACGGCCAGCAGCACCCUGCUCAACAUCCUCUUCCGCUUUGGCCAGAAGCACCACCUCAAGUUCGCCUUCCCCAGCGGCUACAACGACUUCAACUAUCCGUCCUUCUUCAAGCGGAGCCUGGUGCACAACUACCAGCCAGGGGACUGCUUCAACAUCAUCUGCAACCACAUGCGUUUCUACUACUCCGAAGUGCAUAGUCUGGUGACCCCCAAUGCCACGUUCAUCACGGUGCUGCGGGACCCGGCCCAUCUCUUCGAGUCUUCCUUUCACUACUUCGGGAUGGUGGUGCCCUUCACGUGGAAGCUCACGGGCCACAACAAGCUGGCCAAGUUCCUGCAGGACCCCACUCAAUAUUAUAAACCCCGAGGCUAUAAUGCCCAAUUUCUUCACAAUCUGCUCUUCUUUGACCUGGGCUACAAUAAUGAACUGGACCCCCGCAGCCCCCAGGUGGAGGAGCACAUCCUGGAGGUGGAGCAGAGGUUCCACUUGGUCAUGCUGCAAGAGUACUUUGAUGAGUCCCUGGUGCUGCUGAAGGACCUCCUGUGCUGGGAGCUGGAGGACAUCCUCUACUUCAAGCUCAAUGCCCGCCGGGCCUCGGCCGUCCCCCAGCUGACCGGAGAGCUGUACCGGCGGGCCACCGAGUGGAACCAGCUGGACGCUCUCCUCUACCGCCACUUCAACGCCAGCUUCUGGCGCAAGGUGGAGGCCUUCGGGCGGGAGCGCAUGGCGGGAGAGGUGGCCAACCUGAGGCAGGAGAAUAAGCGAAUGGAGAGGAUUUGCAUUGAAGGGGAGCAUGCAGUGGAGGCGAAGGACAUUAAGCAACCGUCACUGCAGCCCUGGCAGGCAAUGGGGUCAAAGACAAUUCUUGGUUAUAACCUAAAGAAGCACAUCAGUCAUCAGUACGAGCAACUGUGCCGGAAAAUGGUGACUCCUGAUAUCCAGUACAUGACUGAACUUGGGGUCAACCUGUGGAUCACCAAGUUAUGGGGGUACAUCAGGAAAUUCCUGCAAAUUUGA